GCUGCGGGACACUUGAAGCUCUCAGAGACAGAGGGAAGCGCAGAGGGACACCAGAGCGCUGAACACGGACAGAGGCUGGACUUACAGUGCUGAAGCUUUAGAAACGCCCUGAAGCUCGCGCGCUGCUCUUUGCCCCGGAGUGCCCACCCAGCACCGUUCAUCCAAAAAUGCGAUCAAGAAAAAAAGGGACAGUGACAGGACACACACCUCCAAUGACCGCUUGAUUACCAGCCGACCGCAGUGCGCCUUUACGCGCGCCAUGGAGAGCCCGGGCUCGUGGGCACUGAACGUAUCGCGCAACGCGAGCCGCGCGCCGAACCCGCUAAAGCGCGACGAGGACGUGGCCAAAGUAGAGGUGGCCGUGCUCGUGCUCGUGCUGCUGCUGGCGCUGGCGGGCAACGCGUGCGUGCUAGCGGCGGUGGCGGUGGCGGGCGCGCGCAAACGCGGCACGUCGCGCAUGCACUUCUUCAUGAAGCACCUGAGCAUCGCGGACCUGGUGGUGGCCGUGUUCCAGGUGCUGCCGCAGCUCAUCUGGGACAUCACGUUCCGUUUCUACGGGCCGGACGCGCUCUGCCGCCUCGUCAAGUACCUGCAGGUGGUGGGCAUGUUCGCCUCCACCUACGUGCUCGUGCUAAUGUCCGUGGACCGCUGCCUGGCGGUGUGGCGGCCGCUGCGCGCGCUCCGCCACCACCGCGCCGAGCGCACCUACGUGCUGGCCUCGUGGGCGCUGAGUCUCGUGCUGAGCGCCCCGCAGGCCUGCAUCUUCUCGCUCAAGGAGGUGGGCGACGGCGUGUACGACUGCUGGGGCGACUUCGUGCAGCCGUGGGGCGCCAAGGCCUACGUGACGUGGAUCAGCCUGGCCGUCUACGUCAUCCCGGUGACGGUGCUCAGCGUGUGCUACGGCCUCAUCAGCUGGAAGGUGUGGCAGAACUUUCGGCUUAAGACCGGACGUGACAGGCGCGCGACUAACGGCGCCGAAAACGGCGCAGGCGCUGGUGCUGGGGCGCUCGCGCGCGUAAGCAGCGUGCGCCUCAUCUCCGAAGCCAAAAUGAGGACGGUGAAGAUGACGUUCGUGAUCGUGCUGGCCUACAUCGUGUGCUGGACGCCCUUCUUUUUCGUGCAGAUGUGGGCUGCGUGGGACCCAAUGGCACCCAGAGAGGCAAUGGCCUUCAUUAUUGCCAUGCUGCUGGCUAGCCUGAACAGCUGCUGUAACCCCUGGAUCUAUAUGUUCUUUGCUGGUCACUUGUUCCGUGACUUGAUGCGGAGCUGCAUGAUGGCACUACACUGUGGCUGUGGGGAGCAGCAGAAUCCAAAGAGCCAAUCAGGCGCCAUGGUAAUGAAGAGCACCUGCAGUCAGAGGAGCUUGACUCAGACCACCACUACAUGACACAUCACACAGGUUUUACACUGCAGGGAGGAAAGAGGAGGACCAACACCGAGGUCAAGACCGAGGCUUCAAAGUGAGGGCUCAUAUCCACAAAUGGAUAAUCUAGAGAGGAUCUGUAGAGGCUUCAGGCCACUAUGGAACAAGCUCGAGUCAUGGACUCCAUACUCUAACAAGAGGAUCUAACAUUCACAUGGACAGAGCUGAACAGUAUAAGAUGGAGGCAAAUGGUAGUGUAACGGUAUUCUUCUGUGAAAUAUCUUGAUCUCUAUCUAAUUUGUAGUAUAUAGUCAUAUGCAAAAGUUUGGGUGCCCUUUGUAAUAUGACAUGCUUUGCGUAAAUUUUUUAAAUGAAAAUAAGUCCCACGUCCGCUACAGAGAACACACUUCUGCACAUUCUAAUGCACAGUUAAUGUUUAUUUGUUUAAUUUAACAUAUUGGGGAAAAAAAAAAUGAAAUGAGUGGUCUGUGCAAAUGUAAUGGCACAUUUUCUAUAUGUUAUGUUUUAUUAAGUUCCAAUAUGUUAAACUUGGGCUGGGCAAUAUGACAAAAAUAUCGUUACUGUGAUAAAGUAUGUCACAAUACCAUGCAGUAUGCUUUCCUGGUUAUAUUGUGGAUAUAGUCUGUAUUUGUAGAACAUUUACCAGCUGCAGUUUAACUGGAUUUCGUGCAACACAGCAUGCAAAUAUUGAAUAAACAUCUUUGUGUUCACAGUUUCUGCUAGUAUAUUUAAAAAUUUCCCACUGCUGGUUCUUUUUUCUCUGUUCCAACUGACAUAUUGUGUAUCGUCAAAAUAUAUUGAAGUAUCAUGAUUUUUGCCAUAUUGCUCACCUCUAUGUGAAACCCAGCAAAUAAAAUAAAAUGUGCAGAAAAA